CAGUCCAGAAGUCCAAGAGCAAUGGUCCGCCGAUCUCGUGAACCAAGAGCAAUGGUCCGCCAAUCUCGAGAACCAAGGACAAGGAUUCACAGCCCUCAAGAACCAAGAUCUCACGAGCCAAGGACAAUGGUCCGCCGAUCUCGAGAACCAAGAGCAAUGAUCCGCCGAUCUCGAGAACCAAGAGCAAUGGUCCGCCGAUCUCGAGAACCCAGAGCAAUGGUCCGCCGAUCUCGAGAACCAAGAGCAAUGGUCCGCCGAUCUCGAGAACCAAGAGCAAUGGUCCGCCGAUCUCGAGAACCAAGGACAAGGAUUCACAGCCCUCAAGAACCAAGAUCUCACGAGCCAAGGACAAUGGUCCGCCGAUCUCGAGAACCAAAGACAAUGGUCCGCCGAUCUCGAGAACCAAAGACAAUGGUCCGCCGAUCUCGAGAACCAAAGACAAUGGUCCGCCGAUCUCAAGAACCACGGACAAGGGUCCGUCGAUCUCGAGAACCAAAGACAAUGGUCCGCUGA